UGCUGGGCCUCAUGGAGGCUGUUCGGCCAGACAGCUGCGAAAGAGGGACAGCGGCGGCGCGAGCCGAAGAGAGGCCGGCUCCCGAGGCGAGGGCGCACUUCCGAGUAACUCGGUUUAUCAUGGAAGCAGGCGUCAAGCUAGGCAUGCAGUCCAUCCCCAUCGCCACUGCGUGCACCAUUUACCAUAAAUUCUUCUGCGAGAUUAACCUGGACGCGUAUGACCUCUACCUGGUCGCCAUGUCUUCCCUUUACUUGGCCGGCAAAGUGGAGGAGCAACACUUGCGUACUCGUGACAUCAUCAACGUGUCGCACAGGUACUUUAACCCGGGCAGUGAGCCGUUGGAGCUGGAUUCCCGCUUCUGGGAGCUACGAGACAGCAUUGUACAAUGUGAGCUUCUUAUGCUACGAGUUCUGCGCUUCCAAGUCUCUUUCCAGCAUCCACACAAGUACCUGCUGCACUACUUGAUUUCCCUCAAGAACUGGCUGAAUCGUUACAGCUGGCAACGAACCCCCAUCUCUGUUACAGCUUGGGCUCUGCUACGAGAUAGCUACCACGGCGGGUUAUGCCUCCGCUUCCAGGCUCAGCACCUAGCCGUGGCUGUGCUCUACCUGGCCCUACAGGUUUAUGGAGUCGAGGUGCCUGCAGAGGGUGAGGCUGAGAAGCCUUGGUGGCAGGUAUUUAGUGAUGACCUUACCAAGCCAAUCAUAGAUAAUAUUGUGUCUGAUCUCAUUCAGAUCUAUACUAUGGAUACAGAGAUCCCCUAAGGCCCUGGCCGAGGUCCGACCAAAGACCAGGAUGAUCAGAGGCCUGGGGUAUCGUGCUACCAAGUUGCUAUGAUGGCAUGUCUACACUCGGAGGACUGGUUGUGCUGGCAGAGGAUGUCACUGGUGACUGCAAUGACAUGUUGUCAUUUUGUCCCCAGCAGCCCUUGUUCAAAUAAUGCCAAGAGCCUCCAUGUGGGCAGGACAUAUUGAGCUUCCUAGGACUGGCUGCAUCAGCUUUUGCCCUUUGAGAAGAUGCUGCAUUCGAGGCAUGGACCAUUGCAAUUGCGGCGGGAGGUCGCCAAUAGGACUGCACCCUUAGGAGAAGUAUGAAUGUGUAACAUAGAAUCUUAUUUUGUAUAAUAAAGAUUAUGCAAAUAAAAUAUGGGAAAGGUUUAACGCA